GGCUAUGGAGAUGAACAAAACGUGUUCUUUGAAACGGGAAGAAGAAGAGUUCGAUUUUAAGUUGGUGAGAGAAAAAGGAUGUGAGUUACUCAAUGUAAGCACGGUUAUGAUAAGGGCCGGACACAGGAAAUUCAUACUGGGGUUCAAAAUAUUUUUCGGGGUGGAAAUUAUUUUUUGAAUGAGCGAAAUUUUUUUCCGCAUAUAUAUACACUAAAAAAAUUGUUGGGGAGGCCGUAGCCUUCCUGUCGGCCCCUUGCUAUGAUAUGUUCCUUUUCAUAUCUUGAUUUCAUUUAUACUGUCAGCGUUUUCGUUUUCAUAAUGCAGAUGCUGGAAACCGCGGACUUUGAACUUCAUGUUCAGGAGCCCUUUUUCACAUAUCUUAAAAGUGGAGACAAAACCAUUGAAGGAAGGUGUGCUACCGAUCAAUACAAAAAAAUUGAAGUUGGAGCGUCAAUCCUUUUCAACAAAUGUUUACUUCUUCAGGUUCAGGAUCUUCAUUAUUAUGCUUCAUUUCGUGAGAUGCUUGAAGCAGAGCCUCUCUGUAAAGUACUUCCAGAAGUUGAAACCACAGAAGAAGGAGUUCAAGUUUAUAGAAAUUUCUACUCAGAGGAGAAGGAAAUGUCAAAUGGUGUUCUUGCUAUAUGCGUCAAGAAACCAAUGUGGCAGCCUUAUCUCUCAAUGGCCUCAAUAAUAUCGGAUUUAAGCCUCGGAGGCCUUCAGAGCCUACUAGAUGUUGCACAUAGGUCGGAACAAUGCUGAUGAAUGCAGCCCCGACUUCAUUCUAACACGCCUAAUCAUAUCAUAUCUGUUGCAGUGUUGCCCUUUCUGUGUUUGCUUUGUUGGAUAGACUAGGCUAAUUCCAUACAUUGUUUUGUAGCAGUUUUUUUAUAUUUCAGAAAUAAAUGAGAAGGGGACAAAGUAAGAGGGGGCUAGGCCGAAACCUCUUAUGAAAGGCAUCCCUUUCAGAAAUACAAAGUUAAAGCACUUGAAGCGUAAAUGAAGAAAAGAAACUCAAUUACGGGAUUAAAUAAGCGC